AUGACCUCCGUCGCCCGCCGCAUCGUGUCGGGCCAAAAGGCCCGCUUCAAGGACCCCAUCCUCUCGCUCGACCUCGACCUGGUCUAUGUCACCGACAACAUCAUCAUCAUGGGCUUCCCCGCCUCGGGCGUCGCAUCCCUCUACCGCAACAGCCGCUCCUCGGUGCGCAAGUUCCUCGAUCACCGCCACGAGGACCUCUACCGCAUUUACAACUUCUGCCCGCGCGCAGAGAAUGGCUACGACGCAGACUACUUCUACGAUCGCGUCUCGAGGUACCCCUUUCCGGACCACCAUGUGCCGCCGCUCUCGAUGAUCCCGCUCUUUGUCGCCGACAUGACAGAGUGGCUCGAGUCGGACCCGGACAAUGUCGGCGUCAUCCACUGCAAGGCAGGCAAGGGCAGGAGCGGCACCAUGACCUGCUGCUACCUCCUCUCGCUCCCCUACCUGCCGAGCCCGCCGCAGAACCUGCGCAACUAUAGCGAGCUUCGCCGUCCGCCAGCUUCGCCCCCGGCCGAGGCCGAGGACGAGGCAAACGGGCGGUACUGGGAGAAGCAGCGCCACCACCAGCGAGUCCCUACCGACGGCUCCGACUACUCGUCUCCGGCGCUCCGCUCGCCGCCUUCGGCACGGCGCGACUCGGCCGCCUACGACGACGAGGAGCGCGUGCAGGGCGACCAUACUCACGUCGAGGAACUGGCCGCCAAGUUGCAGGCCGUGUUCGCCCUUCAUACUUCGCGCAGGAUGAAGCCGCCUGCGUCGUCGUCGUCAUCGUCGUCAUCGGCAGCGGCCAACCCAUCUCAGGCCAGCACUCAAACGCUUGGCCGGAGAUCGGUGUCGUUCGUGCGCAGCUCCGCCUCGUUCGCCAACCCGAGCCAGGCCGACCUCUCGACGGCGCCGCGCAGCAACGGCACCAACAAGAGCAAGUGCACGCUUGGCGCGACCCCCGCUGGGCGCUCCUGCGACGCGCUCCACCUGUCCGCGCUCGACGUGCCCGCAAGCGGCUUUGGGUCAACCGCUUCGCUCGCGCCGCCUCAUGCGGGUACGAUGCCCAAGCUAGGGCGCUCGCAGUCGAGCUUCGCCCUCAACCAGAACACCGAGGAUCACGGCGAGGCGAGGCAGCCCAAAAUGGGCGUCUCGAUCCCUUCGCAGCGUCGCUGGGUGGGCUACUGGGCGCGGAUGCUGGCCGGCCUCGACGCGCGGAUUUCCAUCGCACACCCGUACUCGACGCCGCCCCGCCGCAAGGUGCGCAUCACACGCAUCUCGAUCGACCGGGGCCUCGGCAGCGACGUCAAGACGGCGGCGGGGCUGGUCAACCGCGUGGUGCCACACUCGGACUCGCUCUCGAUCCAGCUCGGCCGCUACCCGGACGCCAUGGUCGACCGUCUGGAGCGCUGGGAGCGCGGUGCGCGCCGACGCUAUCGCGCCUUUGGACCGCACGACCCGUCGCUGCACGCGUGCGAUCUCGACCCGGAAAUGCAGCAGCAGAAGGAGUACCUCAAGAGCCUGCGCAGCAACUCGCAGAAUCUCCGCUGCUGGAACGGUGGGCGCUACCAGAGGCCAAAGGACGGCUCCGAGGCCAUCGGCCAGUGGGGAGUCAACGUCCAUGCCGAGGCCGACACGGCGCGUAACUUUGAGUGGAACGACGCCAGCGGCGAGUCUGAAGAGGGCCUCGUCUACUUUUCGCUCGUCCCGGAGCGGGAGCGCAACCUGAUCGGUUCCGCCAGCGCUUCCGUCGACGAUCUGGACCAGGGAACGGCGCAAGAUGCCCUGUGGCGGUACGAGUUCCUCCCGCAAGGGCAAGACAGCAAGGGCCGCAAGCAGUCGGCCGCCAGCUGCGACUCGGGCUACAUGUCAUCGCAGUCGCCGGACCGAGAGGCCGGCGAUGCAGCGCCAUUGACGGCCGCGGCGGCGACGAUCAACACGAGGCACAGCGGCGGCGGCGGCGGUGGCGGCGUCGGCCACAGCUCUCGAGGUCUGAGCGCUUCGGAUGGAGAACGCGACGGAUCGCCGACCAGCUAUCUCGAUGCAAAGCGCAGCACACUGUCGCCUUCCGGUCCUACCGCACCAGCCGGCCGCGACGCCCCCUCUCUCCUUCGCCGUGCCUCGUCGUCGCUGAUGCGGACCAUCAGCAAGUCGACCGCGAGGUCCGAAGGCGUCGCCGCCAGGGCCGCGCCCGGCGCUGCGGACGCUGAGCCUGCCAGGGCUCGACAGGGCGCAACGACGCCACCCUCGAGCAACGGCUACGUCCCGCCCGAUGCGCACACUGGGCACCACGUGGGGCAGGUCCUGGAUGCCGAUCGCGAGGUGCUCGUCAAGAUCCUCGUGGGCCGGACGGGCAACAAGCACGCCAAGCUGCCAGACUUUGCCGCCGUCGGGUGGGUGUGGCUCAUUCCGUCAUUCGAGGACCCGGUGUCGUCGCGCAAGGGCGGCAAGCCCAAGGUAGGCAGCCGGACCGUGGUGCGCUUCGGCAAGGACGAGAUCGACUUCCGCAAGGACCCCGUCGGCGUGGUCGGCGUCGAGAUCGAGUGGGAGUGGAUCGAAGUCGGCGAGGACGACGACGUGGACGAGGACGAGGAGGGCGAGACGGUCGAGGUGGUCCAGACCGAGGGUGAGACGCGGCAGCCCGAGACGUUGAGGAGCCUGUUUGACCGCGAGCAAAGGCAGCGGCAGUAG